AUGCCUAGUUCAACUAAAAAUUCAGAUCCUACAACUUUACAUAAUCCGUAUUUUUAUCAAAAACCAGGUCAAAAAGAUAUUUGGUCGUUAAUUAAUGAAACUGCUGCUCAAGCGGAACAAGAAUCAGGUAAAUCUAUAGUUAAUCUAGGUCAAGGUUUUUUUUCAUAUAAUCCGCCUGACUUUGCAAUUGAUGCUGUUAACCAAGCACUUACAAAGCCUCAAUUUAAUCAAUAUGCACAUGCAAGAGGAAAUCCAAAUUUACUUAAACAAGUAGCUGAUCAUUAUUCAAGAAGUUAUGGUAGAGAAGUCACUCCUGAUCAAAUACAAAUUACAACUGGUGCAAAUGAAGGUAUGUUUAGUAUAUUUUUUGGAUUUUUAACUAGUGGUGAUGAAGCUAUUGUAUUUGAACCAUUUUUUGAUCAAUAUAUCCCAAAUAUUGAAAUGACGGGUGCAAAAGUUAAAUAUGUGGAAAUUAAAUACCCAAAGAAAUUUGAUACUGGAGUUGUUGAAGGUAAAGAUUGGGAAAUUGAUUGGGAAGGGUUAGAAAAUUCAAUUAAUGAAAAAACGAAAAUUAUCGUUAUAAACACGCCUCAUAAUCCAAUUGGAAAAGUAUUCACCGAAGAAGAAUUAGAAAGGAUAGGUGAAUUAGCCAUUAAACAUAAUUUAAUCCUUGUUUCUGAUGAAGUUUAUGAAAAUUUAUAUUAUACUCCGCAGUUUCCCCGUCCUGCAAAUUUAAAGUCUUUACCUGAAUUAGCUGAACGUACUUUAACUGUUGGAUCUGCUGGUAAAUCAUUUGCUGCUACUGGUUGGAGAAUUGGUUAUAUUCAAGGUCCAGUUAAUUUAAUUAAAUUUGUAACUGCUGCUCAUACUAGAAUUUGCUUUUCAACUCCUGCUCCAUUACAACAAGCUGUUGCUAUAGGAUUUGAACAAGCUGAUAAAUUAAAUUAUUUUGAAAAUACAGUUAAAGAUUAUAAAAAGAAAUAUGAGAUAUUUACUGCUGUAUUUGAUGAAUUAGGAUUACCGUAUACUAAAGCAGAUGGUGGUUAUUUCUUAUUAGUUAAUUUAUCAAAGGUUAAAAUUUCAAAGGAUUACAAAUUUCCACAAGCUAUUUCAGAUAGAGGUACCUUAGAUUUCAAAUUGGCAUAUUGGUUAAUUAAAGAAAUUGGGGUUGUUGGAAUACCUCCAACUGAAUUUUUAAUACCUGAAAAUAGAUUAGGUAAUGGUUUAGAAAAUACAAUUAGAUUUGCGGUAUGUAAAGAUGAUGCUGUUUUAGAAGAUGCUGUAACUAGAUUAA